AUGAAAGUGGCUGGUUCACCUCCUACCAUCUCUAAGAAGCAGCAGCAGAGUCAAGAGAGACUGAGCAGCACCAAAGCAGACUUGGCCCAGCAGAGUCUCAUCUCAUCCAAUGACUGGCUUCAACUACAUGGACUAAAGAGCAACAAAUUGACCUUGAAUCAGAUUUUGUCACACAUUGGAUUUCCACAUUGUGAAGAAUAUGUGACAUCUCUUGGAAGACCUGUGGCUUCCAGGUAUGCAGAUGGCCUGUUUCCGCAAUUCUGUAGAGUGGAAGAUGGCAAAAAAUUCAAUUUAACAGCAAACUCAGAACUGCUUUCUCAGUUUGUGCAACAACUCACAAAAGCUGUGGAGAGUUACAAGCAACGUAUGGACUGGCUCACUAGCAGAAGUAGGCAGAUUUUUGGUGUCAUCUUGGAGCAAUGCAUCACCAUUGUGCUGGAUCUGAGUGGUAUGCUGGAGCAGGAGCUUAAUCUGUGCCAAGAUGCUCUGAUAAUGGUCCUCCAAGAACAGGUGGCUCACAUAGACAAGUUCAAUAUUAUAUGGGUUUCUAAGAAGCCUGUGAAAUUGCAUGAAAAUGCCACUCCUGUGACACAACAAUCAAUAGCUGCUGCCAUUAAUUGGGUUAAGGAACUGACAUUCAUGCUGCCAAUAGGUCCAACUAGUUGCCUGGAUGCUCUACUGGAAGCUGGCAAGGAUAGAACAAUUGAAGCCAUUUACUACUUUGUGGUGGGGGACGUUCCUGAGGAAUCCAGGAAUGUUCUUCAAAGUGCUCUGGAGAUUCCAGGCCUCGUCUGCACUGUGUCCUUCAACUCCCGAGGAAAAGACACUAUAGAUUUCUUAAAGGAGCUGAGUGCCAGGACCAAUAGCAGAUUCCAUGCAUUUGCAGAGAGAACACAGUGUGUGGAAUUUCCUGAUGUCUCCAUAAAGGAUGGUGACCAUGUGAGAACUUGGAAUGAGAGAAAAUUGAAAGGAAAGCUCCCUCCAGGAGCCAAGGUCAGAGAGGAUGUGUUUCUCAUUUGGAGGGAGAUGGAGGAAGCCUGCAGCACCCUAGCCCAGGUUCAGAUGCUGGUGUCCAAGUUUCCCAAGUCCAACGUGUCCUUAAAAGACUGUGAACCAGGAAUUGAGUCUGUGGAUAACCAGUCAAAUGUGGAACACACCUGGGACUCAACACAGUGGCUAAGGAAAUACGGCCUGAAAGCACAGAAGCUGUCAUUUUAUGAUGUUCUUGCUGACUGCUCUUUCCGCCAUGUUGAUGGGAUUGUAGAUAUAAAAGUCAAACCAGACAAUGAGUUCCUGUGCACCAGUGCGGAAACCAACAAGAAGACAGUUCAUGCAAAAUAUUGCAGUAAAUUUGUUCAUGCUCCCUGGAAGGAUGGGAGUUUGGUUCAUGUAUGCAUAACCAAGGAAAAGUGCACAUGGUACACAGAGAGAAUUCGUGCAGUUCUGGCCCAGAUCCAUAGGAGGAUAAAAUGGUUACAGAAUAGGAGUGAAAAUCUUUUUGGAAAAGUAUGCACUGAUUACAUCUACAUCCUUAUUGAUACAUCGCACUCAAUGCAGGGGAAGCUGGAUUUGGUGAAGGACAAGAUCAUCCAGCUUAUCCAGGAACAGCUGCAAUACAAAAGGAAAUUCAAUUUUGUGCAGUUUGAUGCUCAAGCAGUUGCUUGGCGGGAAAAACUUGUUGAAAUCGAUGAAGAUAAUUUGAAACAGGCUCAGUCCUGGAUUAGAGGCAUUAAGAUUGGAAGUUCUACAAACACACUGGAUGCUCUGCAAAUUGCAUUUUCUGACCAAGAAACACAAGUGAUCUAUCUUUUGACUGAUGGGAGGCCAGAUCAGCCACCUGAAGUAGUUAUAGACCAUAUUAAAGUAUUUAAGAAAAUUCCUAUUUAUACUAUCUCCUUCAAUUACUAUGAUGAGGUUGCAAAUGGAUUUUUGAAAAUGAUUUCUUCUAUGACUGGAGGAGAGUUCUACUGUUAUAACUUUUGCAACAAAGAUCCAUAUCUUCCAAAGAGAGUUCAGAAUGAAGAUCUUAAGCUUUUGAUUGAAGAAGUGGAGCAGGGACAUAAAAACCUGGAGAAGUUGCAAAACCUUUAUUCAGAGUCAUUGGUGUUGGAUUGGUGGCACAACUGCAUAAAGGAAAGAGACAGUAAGCAUGCAAAAGAAAUCUCUUCUGUGGUUUUGCCAGCAGAAAAUUGUGCACAACACCACUCUGGUGUUGAAUCAACGCUACUAUCCUCCUUACCUAUGACAAAAGUACAAAAGGACCCUUCAGAUAAAAAGACUCAUAAAAAGAAAGUGCUCCAUGCAGAAUCAACCAAAACUAGCAUGCUCAGAAGCCAGCUGUCCAUGCGCAAGAAUUUAGCUGACAGUGCAAGGAAUGACAGCUUUUCCAGUUCCAGCAACUGGAGUACUUCAGGUGACAAAGAAAUGAGCAUUCAUCUGACAAAUGAAUGUUCAGAUGACAACUUAAAAACAGUGACUGAAGAAAGGAAUCAAAAUCAUAACCUAAUUUCUUCAGGUAUGUCUACAGCAGCCUGGCUCAAUAUCCAUGGCUUAGCUGCCAAGAAACUCACCAUUAAAGAUGUCUUCUCAGUGCCUCACUGCUCCUCCUAUGUUCCCAUUCUGGAUAAGAGUGUUGUUUCCAAAGUCUUUUAUGAGGUAUUCCAUAUGGCACAAGUGUGCAAUGACACAAAUAAGAUGUCAUUAAUUAACCCACAAGGAUUCAAGCUCAGCAUCUACAAGCAAAACGUGGAACAGGCUAUUAAGUCUUAUGAAAGGCGAUUGAAUCAAAUUGUUUGGCGAGCAUUAUCUCAAGAGGAAAAAGAAAAAUUAGAGUCAAAUAAACCUAUUAUGUAUUUGGAAAACAAAGAAGCUUUAAACCAGGCAUUAGAACGAUUAAAUUGGCCUAUUUCAUUGCAAGAGUUGUCAAUGCUGGAAGAUGAAAUCCUAGCUGGGAAAAUGUACAUACAGCAGGCCAUGGAACUAGAGGGGGUCAUCAAGAAAGAACAUGAAAGGAGAACACAAAUAGAGCAACAGAAAUCCACAGUAAAUGUAUCAAAGAAAAAUAAAUCAAAAAAACUGGAUCCUCUCAAAGGCCAGAAAGUUAUUGCACGAUGUGAUGAAAAUGGAUUUUAUUUUCCAGGAGUUGUAAAGAAGUGUGUGAGCCCUACUCAGGCACUGGUAGACUUCAGGUAUGGUGACACCAAGGUUGUACCCAUCUCCUUCAUCACACCUGUGGGAGGUGCCAUGCCCUGCCCACUGCUCCAGGUUGGAGAUUAUGUGUUUGCCAAAAUUGUGACUACCAGUGGAUUUGACUUCUAUGUCCCUGCCAUAGUCAUAGCACUUCCAAAUCAAAAUGUGGCUGAAGAUAAAUUCUACACAGUUCUGAAAUGUAACAACCGGAAAGAAUUUUGUACUCGGGGUUCACUUAUUAAAAUUAGCCAAAACAAGUAUGCUCUAUGUUGUUCUCAGAUAAAGUCACCCCUACUUCAGGACUACAUGAAACUAAAGGACACCGACUCAGUUAAUUCUACCUUAUUAGUAUGGCCACUUGAAAUUGAAUCUAAGAAGUUACAAGAGCUGAAACAUGAGAACAAUAAAAAGAAGAAAAAGAAAUCUACCAAGAGGUUUCCUCUGGAGGAGUCAGUGUCUUUGGACUCCGACAGACAUUUGCAAGAAAUCAAGUCCAAGAGCUAUCACAAGCCCAAAAAGCUCUUUAGCCCAGGUCCUAGGAGUCAGCCAGCUUUGUCAUCACUGUGCCACAUCUCCACCUCCAGCUGCCAGCCCUAUCGGCAUAGAACUAUCCAUAGCAACAAAGGGCUGAGACCUACAAGAAACUUAAGGCGGUCUAGUGGCAACUUCUUUUAA